GUCAUUGUUCGUCUGAUAAAUGCUCUGCGGCAUCAUCUUUAACGCCUCAGUUCCUUUGACGAGGUCGCUUUUUCUCACUAGCUCGAUUCUUGAUGUCGUCUGUUGUCUGCCUUCCUACCUCAUUCACUUCGCCAAAUUUGUUUCUUUUCCCGUCCCAAUAUUGCCCCACGCACACAAAAACGACAUGUUCCCUUAGGCCAAAUUCAUCUUCAAAAUAAUUGUCAUGUGGAUCUGAUUUCGCAUUCAGUUUCGCUCUCCCCUCACCUCCUUUCGACGGGGUUAUUGGGACUCUGGGUUUGCUUGCUGAAAACAAAGUAAGGUCUACCGCCAAAAGCGACUCUCCAACGAUGAGCGCAGAUAUCAAAGGAAGUGCUGCGCGCAGCUCAGCUGCUACUGAUGCUAUGUCAGAUACCAGUGAUCUAGGAACUCUUGCGAGAAGUGGAAUCUCAACGGUCAUUAUUGCUUCGGAGUGGCACUUCAAGCCAGCAGGAGUCAUGGAAGUUGAGAAGCGUUUCGCGGAGAAAAGAGAUCGAAUGCGCGCAGACGGUUAUAUCCAAUGGCUCGACCAGGAUCAUUAUUUCAAGCUUUCUUCAGAAAGACAUCUCAUACCCCUCUUAGAAGAGCUGAAUCAGAUCACGAAGGCGAUAGUUGUACAGGAGGGUGGUGACAGGGAAGCAGAUUCCGAGGAUGACGAUGAUGAAGAUGAUACACAUAGCGACUGGUCAACUGAGUUUCAAAGCGAUUUGAUCGUGAAAGUCGAUCAGUACGAACCGUCUCAACACACACGCUCGCCCAACCCAGCUUCAGAUGACACGUUUUAUCCAGAUGCUAUCAAGAAGUAUACUUAUCGCGACAUUUGGAUCUAUCACGGAGAAGAACUGAUUGAUGAGUUUUUGAAACUGGCCAUAGUCCUGGAGUUGCAGACCAUGACAGACAGCAAGAUUGUGAAGUCACCUAGCCAAUCGAAGGUUUAUAUAGGAUCGGACAAGCGUGGCAGUGUUGAUUUAGUUAUCAAUAAACUCGACAAUAUUGCGAAGUACAUUUCAAUAUAUGCCUCGCAGCAUCAUAUUUUCUAUACAGAAGAGGUAGAAUCGUGCAAGUUUAUCCUCAAAGCCUUUCCAGAGAUCAAGAAGAAAUACCUCGAAACUACUCUCCUUGAACAGGAGCAUCCUGCUGGAUAUCUAUUGACAAGAUUUACAGUCAGAGCUUGUCCAUGGAAUACAGCUAAAGUAGCAUUUAUUCCGAUCAAAAUUGGCAAGUACACUCCUACAGUCCCAAGUACAGGUACACAAAUUUCCGCAACAAAACCAUGGGCUGGGUUUGUUUGGAAAUCUCGAGGAGGUUCAGGAGAUGAUCCCGUGAAAUACUUUCCUGGUGGAUAUAACAAGGAAAUUGAGAGACGAGAAAAAGAAGACGAGAAGUCAAAUAAUGAAGUCACCAGUUCAACAUGCGUUGAUAUUGAGGGCUGGGUAGCAAAUGCCACCACUACUACCGAUGCUUCGAAAGGGCUGGACGUCUUAGACUGGAGAAGUACCAUUGACACGGGCCUGAAUUCUUUAGCUCGCUUAGCAAUGGCUUCAGAAUUAGAUUCGAAUGUAGCAGAUGAGCGACCGAAUGCCGAAAGCUGGAAUGGCAGGAUUCAUCAAGAGACAACAGCCAACCUUAGUAUGCCUCUUACUCUGGCAAAGUUUAGAGGUAUUCCCUCAGACUCAGAGGUAAACCUGUCAAACGGGGCGUUUUCGCCGGAUAGAGUUACUACCGAGCCUAGCACUAUGCAUUCAUGUCUUCUUGAUUCUGCAAUUGAUGCGGAAUUGGCGAAUUCUGAUUGGAACGCAUUGAGACACAACGCUACAGAGAACACGCUUGUUGACAUCAGCUCAAGUCCAACUAGGUCCCCUAAUUUGAGGAUAUUUGAUAAGGUACAGGGCUUUGAUGCUUUAAACGCUCAACAAUUUACAGCCUUAGAGCCACCGGCCCUUUUGUCCUCGCUGAGGUCGCUGGAAUUGCCACAGCUUCCGUCCGAGGAUCUUGAGAGCCUGAUAGAUAUGGCACCUGCUUCGAUAUCAGAUUCCCCAUCGACUCCCAGUAAUGACCUCUCAAACUCAAAGGCAUUUCCCGAACUCCCAGGUUCGAGGCCUCCUUUGAUGUCUCCUAACAAUUGGCCAAUAUUACCCUCUCCCCAAAGCGUGGGCUCUUCAGGGUCAAAUGCGUGUCGCGAAACCCAAUUGACAGAACCUCGCCGUCAACAAGAUGAUGAGAAAAGUACUCGAGUUUUCCAUAAGACCAUGGGCCAAAAAGCAUCAAUCAAAAAAGAAGUAUCAAAUCCGCCUGUUGUGCCAAUAUCGCAGGAGUUAUUCCUGAAAAAUUUCGAGGUAAUGCUUGGUGGUUUGAUGUCGCCAGCGAGAGGUUUUCGGGGCGAGGUUAAGGUGCAUAUAGACUUUGGUAGAAUCUUACUGGGUAAUUUGCCUGUGAAGAUUGUUUCGAAAGAGGAUCAGAACAAACCAUAUGACGAGGAAUUCAUCAUUUCACAUCUGUAUCCCAUACCUGGCGGCAAAAUUAGAGAGGGAGAUGGCCCAGAAGUUACGUUCACCAAUAUCCUGACAUCAUUGGGAGCCGAUACUACCUUCCUCUCUAAUCUUAAGAACAGUGAAGGCGUUCGUCUCUGGUCCGAAAAGUGUUCUGAGUGGAAAGUUACCUACGAGUUCACAUGCCUAGAAUUACGUACUGACAAGUUAUUCACCCUUGAGAUCGACGCAGAGACCUUUGAAGCUCAUAUUGUGGUGUUGAAAAGAUACGGCAGAACGUAUGUCCAUGGUACAAUGCGUCACUGGGAUCUGCAGCUUAAUGUCGAGGGAGUCGAAGACGAAGAAGAUAUCCGAAGUAACUGGCCUGGUUAUGACGAUCUAGCUACAGAGAUACAACGAACCCUUUAUAUUCCUCCUGGAAACGACAAACCAAAUCACGCCCUUAAACUCCCAAAGCAUAUCAUGGACCAAUUCAUUAUCUAUCAUCUUAAAAUUCGCAAGACUAGAAGUUAUGUUAGUCCGGAUGGCAACUCUACACUGAAUAUCACCGAGGUGGAUAAAUCUCGUGGCCAUGAAUUGCAGGCUAAAGAUCAAGAAAUCUUGGUGUAUGUUUUCCAAGAGGAGAAAAAAGAUCUUAACGUCGAGACGAACUGGCAAGAAGUUUCCAUUACAUCUAUGGCGAUGAACCACCUUCUUAAACAGAACAUGACACUCGAGCUUGGCGAAGAAGUACAAUGGACACUUCAGGACCUAGCAGCAAAGAAGGUUUCUAACACUCUCAUCGAGCCUGCAUUAACCAUGCUAGCACAGAUGGACGGUGUUGGGUUUUAUAACGAUGGCCAAGCUCUUGGUCAAGUCCUCAAGUCUUAGAUAUUGAUCCAAUUAUGCCGCGAUUUCUGAAAGUUACUGAAUGAAAUCUUGAGGUUUCAUUGCUUUAGAUAUUGAAUGCGUGUGGUUUUGCGCCUAGAGAGGAAAAAUGAUGGGCAUUGGCUUGUUUGGAGUGAAGGAUAGCAGCAUGAUCAUAGAAUAAGCGGUGAUAUCAGUUAUUAUUGCUUCUUCAUUGAAACAUUGACAGAAACUUUAUAUUCUUCGAGGCGAUAUAAAGGUUCAAGAUACGCUUGCUAAAUUAUCUAAGCAUUUCAUUUUGCUUGCAAUAGUACUCACUAAGCAGGCAAUAAUCGACUCCCGUGUGAUAUGAUAAUAUAACAAGCUCGAAUAUGGGCUGUUGACACCAACUGCAGAAGCAGAAAAGUAAAUAAAUAACCUUCCGUCGUCUUUUGUGCUCA